AUGGCACACAAUAAAGUCUCAGGUUAUGGAAGGGCACCACACUUUGAUGGUACUGAGUAUGUUUUCUGGAAGAACAAAAUGGAGACCUAUCUGGGGUCUCCGGGAUAUGGUGUUCUCAGAUCGAUAUAUACCGAGUUCGAGAUACCAAUUGCAGAACCGACCGAUGAGGCAGAAAUUAAGAAGUUUGAAAAUAACCUGAAGGCAAUGAAUGCACUUAAGAGUGCACUGACAAACUCGGAGCUUGCAAAGGUCAUAGAUUGCAAGACAGCCAAGCAACUGUGGGACAGGCUUAAGGGUGUGCAUGAAGGUGAUCAGAGGGUCAAAAAGUCCAAGCUUCAAGUUCAUAAGGUAAAUUUUGAAGGAUUGAAAAUGAAUGAGAGUGAAGAUAUUGAAACAUAUAUGGUUAGAGUCAAUGAAGUUGUAAAUGCUAUCAGAGGUCUAGGUCAUACAUUGAGUGGCUCAGAGAUUUGUCAGAAGAUACUCAGAUCACUUCUUCCCAAAUAUGACUCCAAGGUUUCAGUUAUUGAAUAUCAUGAUGAUAUAGACAACUUGGCAUUAGAUGUUUUACAAGGAAAGCUGAAGGCUUAUGAGAUGAGAACUAGGAAAGGAAAAGGCAAAGCUGAAGACAAAGAACUUGGUUUUAAAAUAAUGAAGAAUAUGAGAAUUGAGGAAAAUUCUGAUAUUGAGUUGGAUAGUGAUGAUGAGGCUGAAGCAAACUUUAUUAGAAAGCUCACCAUAGGAAAAGGUAAGUAUCAAGGUAAGCUUCCAUUCAAGUGCUUCAGAUGUGGUGAUAUUGGUCACUAUGCUGCCUCUUGUCCUCAAAAGAAGAAUUUCAAAGGCAAUGGUGAUGAAGACAACAACAACAACAAAGAAAAAUUCAAAGGGAAGAAAAAGUUCGCUAAGAGAAGAUUCCCCAAGAAGAAGGUUUUUAUCUCCAAGGAGAGUGAUGACUCCUCAUCUGAUUCAGAGAUUGAUGAAGAUUCAGGCAGUGAUAUCAGUGAGUGUCUAUUCAUGGCUUAUGAAAUCAAUAAGGAUGAAAAUCAGCCUUCUGAAGAGACAGAGGAAAUGGAAGCUAUAGUGGAUCUUGAGGGUGAGUUGGAAGAGGCUCUUAAGAGGCUUGAUAUUGAGAAAAAAAAAAAGAAUAAGAAGCUGGUCAAGGUCUGUAUGAAACAAGAAAAGGAAUUGGAGUGUUUGAAGGAUAGCCAAACAACUUUGAAUGAUCUUGAGACUCAACUUGCAUUCAAGGUUACUCACUGCAACAAGCUUGCUCAAGAAAAUGAGGUUCUUCAAAGCCAAAUCAAAGAGUAUGAAGACAAAAUCAGCAACUAUGAGCUGAUGUGGGUUGAACUUAAUAAGUUGAAACAUAAAGUUAGAAAAUUUGAUGAGACUGGAGUAUCUCAAGAAAUUCAGCUCACUCAAUCUCAACCAAAUGAGUCAAGUCAGAUUCUUGAGAAGAUCAUCAAUAAUCAGAGACCAGCUGGCAUGAAAUCAGGUUUGGGAUAUGUUCAUAUGGAAUCAUCUGAGAAUAAUGAGCAACUUACCAAAAACUUGAAGAAGAUGGAUUUUGUGAAAGAAGUCAGCUUUAUUGAUGCAAGAGGAAAAACUUCUCAUGCAACAUGUUUGGAAGAUCAAGAUUUCAAGGCAAACAGAGCAACUACUUUCCUGGUUAUUGUUUCAAGUCCCAUCUAUUUCUCUCCCAUAAAGAAGCCAAUUCAAAAGAAGACUACAAUUGGUUCAGAUGUGAAAAAGCAAGUUAAGAAGGUUUGGGUUGAAAAAGUUUUAAGAGAAAAGAGUAUUAACUCUUUGGUUGUUCAAACUGCUUUUAAAGCUCAACACAAGGUUGUUCCAUGGAUCCUUGAUAGUGGUUGUUCAAGUCACAUAACUGGUGACAAGAACAAGUUUGUAGAGCUUAACCAAUAUGAAGGUGGAUCUAUUAAAUUUGGAAACAGUGAGAAUGUCAAGAUAGUUGGCAAGGGCACAGUGCAUCUAGAUGAUGGAAAAGUGAAGACAUUUGAUGUUUUAUAUGUUUCAGGCUUGAAGCAUAAUCUUCUCAGCAUUAGUCAAAUGUGUGACAAGGGACACAAGGUUGUCUUUGAUAAAUCAGGAUGUGAGAUCAUAAAAUCAAAGAAUGGCAAACUCGUGGCAUCUGGUGUGAGGACUUCAGGAAAUUUGUAUGCAUUGUCAGAUACCACAGGUGGAUCUUGCUUG